AUGAAAAGACUUCAACUUUUUGGUGCAAAUAGAAGCGAGGGCAGCUGGCAUUUCUUUUCCGAGCGACAAGACAAAAGAGGGAGAAGUUUGGAGAAUGAGAGCGACAUAUCGGAAUAUCCUCAAAAUCAUCUGAUGAAUCUUCCACCGAACGUUUUGCAUGAAAUUCUGGGAAAUCUGGACGUCGCAGAUCUACUCAAUUUGUGCGUUGUGAACUCUCAUCUAUAUGAAGUAAUAAGCGACAAAUUCUUAUACCAAAAAGUGGUUUUAAAAAGCAAGUUGUCAUUGCUCAAAUUUAACGCGCUGGUGCACAGCGAAUCGCAUACUCUCGAUCCACUCAAGAAUCAUCACAGAAAGAAGAGUGCAGGACAAAACGUGCGAUUUCUGAUUCGGUGCAUUGAGUUCAGAGAUCCCAUCUACCAGGAUUCGCUACUGAAGUACAGUAAAUUCUACAACAACGACAACAUUUCGACAAUAGGUGGAACAUUUUCCUUUUCGGCUCCCAGCUUUUCUGACAGUUCCCGCGCUUACGGCAGCACACCCAUUAGUCGAGAAAAUACCGGUGGAAGUGCGAGCUCCGCUAGUGGGGGAUUCGACAAUCUCGAUAAUGUUUCAUUAAUGGGGAACACAAAGACCCAACAAAUCUCAUCAGGCGGCUGGUUUGGUACGAAAAGCAACAGCAGAAGAAAAAUGGAGCAUGCUAACGUCGUCGUGGCUAAAGCCGAGGCCAAAUACGUCGACUACACGUAUAUUGAGCUCAUGCUGGAUAUUAUAGACUUUUGCCCAAACUUAAUCCAUGUUAUACUGAGUGACGUUCAGUUAGGCUUUAAGAUCCCUUUAUGGUACUCUUCACUUAAUGAUGGUUCAAGGGACUUUUACAAAAAGAUCAUCAAGGGGCAACAGUCCAUGACAAGGGCUGACUUGAAAUGCUUUCAAUUUUCAAGUGAAUGGAUAAAUAAGUACCAAGAAGAUUUCUACGCGUUGCCGAGGUUGAAGAUUAUGGAGAUUAAGGCUCGAAAGGGCGACAAAGCACUCCCCUUGAGGCCCAACAUGCUUUGCUGCUUUGGAGUAUUUGAUGAACUUCGGCUGUCUAAUAUGAUCAUAGACAGAGAAUCUCUCGAUACACCGCUUGAGUACUUACCCCUUUUAAUGAAGAGAAACAUGGAGGGGUUUUUGGAUGUUAGCCUGCCGAUUAGAUCUUUAUCGCUGGAUGGCUGCGAAAUCGUUCCGUCAAGUGGAAUAAUGAAGCUAAUAUGCUCUUAUUUUAACAUUGUCAAGAUACUUCAAUUAUUGAAAAUUAAAAGCAAGUUUGAUCUGCUACUGAGCAACUGUUUCCCGAGUCUUUCUGAUCUAACAAUCGAUUGCCACAGUAAGUGUUUUGAAGAGCAGCGACUGGUUGACGAAGAAUAUUAUUGGGAGGAAACUGCCUUAGAGCAGGACGAUAACACGUCCAUAGCACGUACACUCAUUGAACAUGAAGUAACCAAGGUUUUAGCCGCACCACCGCCAACGACACCUAUCAUAUCAACAAUGAAUUCUGGAUCUAUCCUCCGCGUAAAUGCCUCUAAUGGCAAAAAGCCUGGCAUGAUCACACAUUCUCAGUGCAAUUACUUUAACAGCAUGAAUAUUCCCAAAUUUCACUACUUAUUUCAUUAUUCCAAAUCGGUCUGGGAUAAACUACCUUUCUGUAAUAUUAACCUGAAAAUCGUUAAUGUACCGUUCACCAAUGUUUUUCCGCUACCACCUCAAAGUUUUUGUGGGGAUCUUUUGGACUAUGAAGGAGAUGAUCAGAGAACGCUAUGUGGGAAUGUUACGACAUCCGGAGAAGGAGACUUCGAAAAGAUUUACUGGUGGGAUAGUGUUGUCCAAGACCACUUGCGGGAUCUAUCAGCUCCAUUUAUAGACGAAGACAUGGAAUCUGAGGGGUCAAAUAUAUUUGAGUCUGCGCUUGUGAAUAACUUCGAAAAUCCCUUACUUUUUAAGGACAUUCCAAACGUCAAUGUUUGGUAUUUUCUACAAUCACUAUCAAAAUUUAAAUCAGUGGAAAUCACAAUGCUACGAAAAUGGCUAUUUUGCACUCCUCGAUCUCGCUACGAUUGGGAAUUACUAUUAAAGCCAAUUCUCAAUGGUAAAAUACCCGUCAAAGUAAGGGAUAACGGUGGUCUAACGUUGUAUAAAUAUGGAGCAGCCUAA